AUGAUUGGCCUAGAUCAGAUUAUCCAAGCUAGCCAGCAGGACGAGCUUACAAGAUAUCUCGAUGGUACCACCGUUUCUAGUAUUCCAAUACGGGCGUUCUGGAAGGAGAACCAGACCACAUUCCCUGCGCUUGCAAAGCUCGCACGCGAUAUGCUCUCGAUUCCUGCAACUAGCGCCGGCGUUGAGCGGCUAUUCAACACUGCUCGGGAUGUCUGUCACUAUCGUCGAGGCUCACUAAAUGCUACAACAAUUCAGGAGCUUAUGUUAUAUAGGUGUACGACGCAAUUUGAAGUCGAAGAGGAUGGAAUUGCUUUUCGGAAGGAGUAUCUUUCUGAAGGGGAGAUAGAAGCGGAUCAUGAAGAGAAAGAUGCCCAACAACUCGAGGGUACUGUCGACCCGAUUAGUGAUGAUGAGGAGAGUGAUGAGGACGAUGCACAGGAGGGUUUGGUCCUUAUUCAAGCGCAAUCAGCAACGCAAGGUCCCUCGAAACGUGCUCUUGGAAAGAGAAGAAAGAGUGUUGCAUCUGAACGAGACACUGAAGGCCAUAGAGAUAGUAACGAGGAGGAAGAUGUUCCUCUACCGGAGACACAACAGCGUGUCUCAGGAAGAUCUAGGAAGCGUUCGCGGCAUAAUGAUGAUCAGUUCAUAGUUUAUUAG